AUGACAUCGGGAAGUCCAUCAAAAGAGGACCCGGAGUUCGAAAUUGUAAAACGCCCUAAAGAGCCGAAGUUGGUUGAAUUCUCUCUUGAAGUACCAAGGAAUGAAGAAGACAUCCUACUUAGUCCAGCUUGGGUGGACCAAGAAAACGCUGAUAAUCACAGAAACACGAGUGUUGUAGGUCAACCCGCCGUUCUUGACAUCCACACGCAUUUAAAUCGCAAGCGAAAAAGGAGGGCUAGUGAAUCGGCGGCUUCAGAUACGGUCAGUGCCGAGAAAUUAUACGCGGUUAUUCGUGAGAACAAUCGUGGUUCUUUGGAUGCUGAUGUUCCGAUGCGUCGAUUAAGCGACGCCAAUAUGGAGCGGCUUUCCUGCGGUCAUUUAACAUCUGUUGAGUUCAAUCGGACCCAUCCUAUCGUUAUGACAACAAGUGUUGAUACUACAAUGGCAUUGUUCAGCUUAGGGAAGUCGGAAAGCCGUCUGUUGGCGGAUUAUGUGUUCGAGAAGUUCCCAAUAAGUUCGGCAAAAUUCACCUCUACUGGGGAAAAGGUUGUCCUUACUGGAGAAAGAAAUUACUUUAAAGUGUACGAUCUGAUUAGCAAUAAAGAAUCACAUCCAGCUGUUCCCCUUGGUACGCGUUAUGGCGAGAGGAUAAAUUCUGUGCAAAUGUCUCCCACAAGUGAGGUUGCUGCUUUCUCGGGGACUGGUGGUAUCUACCUUGUUGAUCUUCGCAGCUUUGAAAAGACGACAACGGCUCGCGUAAGCGGGACUGCUGUGUCGCAUUGCUUCUCUCAACACGGUGAUAUUCUCAAUGCUUUCUCAAGCGAUGGAUCCGUCUUUGUGUUUGAUUUACGGCACAAUGCGCGUCCGAUGCAUCGAUGGAACGAUUACAGUUGCACGGGCGGUUGCAGUUUUGCCACUUCAGCCGAUUCAAAAUAUAUCGCCUGUGGCUCGGAAUCCGGCUACGUGAACGUAUACGCAUGGGAGGCGGUGAUGAAUGACGCGACAAGGUGUCCGAAGCCGCUAAAGUCCGUGGGGAACUUGACCACCGCGGUGGAUCAACUUCUCUUCCAUCCUUCAAACCAGAUGCUCUAUAUGGCCUCCUCCCUGCAAUCUGCAGCUGCAAGGCUGUACGAUUUAGGUGGUCAGAGGGUGUGCUCCAACUUCCCGACAUGCAUGGGGCGACUUGGCGUGCCGACUGCGGUGGGAUUCAGUCCGUACGGCGGCUACCUGGUCGUGGGGCAGGCGAGCGGUCAUGCCGCCCUCUACCACUUCGACUGGCGGAACAGCAACGCUUGUGCGGACCCGCGAGUACACGGGGUGGAGCAGUUGGAGAGCAUGGAGAGUGACAAUAAACAACUGAAGAAUGAAUCGUCCCUUCCAAUGGACCUCAAAGCUACCUAUAUUUUGCAACCUGGUCUCAUUAUAGAAAGCCCUUGCCGGCUGAAGAAGGAAAAAAUCAUGCCGAAAUCUCGAAAACCUUGGCUCCUCUCACGCGUCUGCGAGACAAUUGAGGGCGCUGGUCUGCUGAUCGGCGUGGUUCCCACCUCGGCCGUCACACUGCGCAAACCGCCCACCACAGUGCUCGAGAAGGAGACCUACUCCGCGGAACUCUAUAAACAUCGACGCCGUCUAAAGGAAAUUCGCGCAGGGUUCAAGCGCUUCCUUGCCUUCCUCUUCUCGCAAAUCGGUCUCUCACUUCUUGUUAUCGGCUACACCAUCAUCGGCGGCAUGAUUUUUCGUGCCGUUGAGUUGGAAAAUGAGAAAAUGGUAAAAAUAAAAGGAAAGGAACUGCGAACCGCUUUGGCUGACCAAUUUUCGGGUGAAAUCAUUCGUGAGCUUCGCUAUCAAAUAUCGUCGCUCAAUACGUGGCAGGGAAAGUACUAUACACCCUCACUCAUGAACGAGAAAAGUUCAAAAAAAACAAUCGGAGCUAGGAAAAACGCAAUUAAAAAUAAGGCUCGCCGACGCCGUGGACUUGGUAGUCACACGGAAAGUGAAUUCGCCCGUCUAAGGCAGUGGCUGCAUGUUAUCGCGUAUACGCUGCGGCAUAAGACUCGACAAGAGCUUCAUAGAAGCCUUCGAAAACUUGUAAAAAUGAUGGAUCACGAGGGCUGGAAUGGUGAGGAUUCAAUGGACGAUCUAAAAUGGAGUUGGGAAGGUUCCAUUCUAUUUGCAGUGACCGUCAUAACAACUAUUGGUGAGUUGCUGGGACUCCACCUUGAUUGUUAUGGUCAUGCUGUACCCAAAACAAAUGCUGGAAAGGUGCUCACUAUCAUCUAUGCGCUCGUGGGGAUUCCACUCGUAUUCCUCUAUUUGACCAACAUCGGCGACUACCUGGCUUCUCUCUUCCGGACCCUUUACACCAAGGUCUGCCAACGAUGUUGUGAAGGCACCUGCGUCAACAAGACAGAAACCCAUCGGAAAGUGAGCAUUUUUAAUGCUUUGCGAGCACAGCCUUCGGAGAUAGACCUGACUCAGCGACGGGACUUUUUGUUGGAUGAAUCCCUGCAUCGGAGCAACAUCAAUAUUAUUCGUCGAAUAGGCUCUUUGAGUGUGAGAAGAGACAAGGCAAGAAAUGUGAAAAAAGAAGACCACAUGGUGGAUUGUGUUGGCAUAAAUGUAUUUUGUAACGAGCAUGCCAUUGAUGUGGAUCGAAAGGAGCAAAUGGAGCAGAAAAGACAAGGAGAAAUAAAGGGUAUUGAUGCGCCACCAAGUGAGAGCUAUCGAAUGUGCCUCAAGGUUACGGCGAAUCCAUCACAGCCUUUUUUGCUCAAUACCACAAAUGUAAAGACGGAAUGCGCAAGGAAGUGUGCGCUCCAGACACCUCCACUAUAUGCAGCCUCAUUGCAGCAGGUGGAAUCAGAAACCUUACAAGAACUUGUCGACAGAUGCGACUUUCGUGCACCCAAGUCGGCGGCAAACUCCCCUAAGAAGACAUGGAAAAAUUUUUCCUAUACAUGUGGUACACAAAUACCACGAAAAUCUAUGAACGGGCAAUGCUUGGUUAAGCCCAUCGGCGCAGAUGCCAGCACUCUAUCACCGCAUAACGUUGGCACUCAGACAGCCCUGCAUGCUGGACCAGACGACGCCCUUACGUAUAGGAGUUUGUGCAAGUCUUUCGUCACAGGUCAGUAUUUUAGGUCUUAUCGUCGCGAAAUGCGGCACGAACGCAAGCAGAUGCAACGAAGACUCAAGAUUCAAUCACAUGGAGCUUCAGCAAGGUUUCAAAGUUUCUUUAUGGAAAUAAUUGCCGAGUUACAGGGCGUAACUACUCUAAAUCGGUGUCGCUUUGCUACUCUAGAAGACAAUUGCCGAGCUCAAUUCUCCUGGUUUAGAUAA